GUGGGGCUGCGGUUGAACCGGCUGCACCCGCACCCGGUGUGGAGCAGGGCACGUGACAGAAUGAAACGUAGUAAGGAGCUGGUGUUUGUGAAGUUCAUAACGUCUGCGGGGAGCUCGGAGUAUUUCUAUAAAGCUCUUGAGUCUAUGAAAGAAUUUCAGUCAGAAGAACAUCUCCAGAUCCUUGAUGAAGGGACAGCGUGCAAUAUAAGAGAAAAUGAUAAAUCGCUUUACAUUUGUGACCCUUUUACAGGUGUCGCUUUCAAUCACCUCAAACAGCUUGGCUGUAGGAUUGUUGGACCACAGGUAGUCCUGUACUGUAUACAGGCCCAGAGAUGUGUCCCAAGAGCCGAGUAUCCGGUGUACAACAUGACCAUGGCCGAUGUAACAGUAUCCUGUACAAGCCUUGAAAAGGAUGUUAGGGAAGAAGUUCAUAAAUAUGUGCAGCUGAUGGGUGGACGUGUGUCCAGAGACCUCAGUGUGGCAGUAACACAUCUGAUAGCUGGAGAAGUUGGCAGCAAGAAAUACGUAGUAGCUGCUUCUCUGAAAAAACCUAUUUUGCUUCCAGCUUGGGUUAAGACUCUGUGGGAUAAGUCUCAGCAAAGCAUAAUGACAUACUCUGACGUUAACAUGGAUGAUUAUGCUUGUCCUGUAUUCCUUGGCUGUACAAUUUGUGUAACUGGCUUAAACACUUCAGACAGGAAAGAAGUCCAGCGCCUCACUGUUGAACAUGGUGGGCAAUAUACAGGGCAGCUCAAGAUGAAUGAAUGUACUCAUCUCAUAGUUCAAGAGCCAAAAGGUCAGAAGUAUGAAUGUGCUAGAAAAUGGAAUGUGCAUUGUGUGUCUAUCAAGUGGUUUUCUGACAGCAUCACGAAAGGCUUCUGCCAGGAUGAGACAAUGUAUAAAAUAGAAGCUGGAUCAAAACUGACACCCAGUACGUCAACACCUACGAAUGAUGUCGGGAAGCCUGAUAAACAUGCCCUUCCAGAUGUCAGCCACAUUUCCAACAUCAAUCUGAGUAGCGUUAAUGAAACCGAAUUUAGCGCUACUCUGAGCAGCAGACAGGAUCCUCUUCCUGAUGAGCUGGAAAACUUGGAUAUAAGUUCCUUUCAAGCCCCCGAAGAUUUGUUAGAUGGGUGUCGAAUAUAUCUAUGUGGCUUCAGUGGCAGGAAAUUGGACAAGAUGAGGAGGCUUAUUAAUUGUGGUGGUGGUGUUCGAUUUAAUCAGCUUAAUGAAGAUGUUACCCAUGUCAUUUUGGGGGAAAAUGAUGAGGAGCUGAAACACUUUCUGGACAAGACAUCUCACAGGCCUCACAUAGUCACAGCAAAAUGGUUGCUGGACUCAUUCAGUAAAGAUUAUCUACAGCCAGUGGAGCAAUAUAUCCCUGUAAACUAUCAGCUGUUAGAGAAUCCAAUUUUGGAGCCACCUGGAAUGAAGUCAGUUCUUCCCAAAAAUAACAGUCUCUUGAAGAAAGAAGCUGUGAAUGUUACAAAGCAUCAGAAAGCUGCUGAAGAUGACCUCCUCUCUCAAUACGUAACUAAUGAUUCUACAUUAGAUGAAGCUGGAAAACUAACAUCCAGAACCUUCAGUGAUGUUACUCACUUGACUGUUCAAGGAGAGAAUGAAUCUUCCAUCCCUAGUGGUUUUCUGGGAGAGUCAUCUGCACUAGCUGAAGAAGGAUUGUUUGUCAGAAAGAGCUUUCUUCUUUUGGGUUUUGGUGAAGAGGAUGAGUCUUGCAUUGCAGAUAUUAUAAAGGAGAAUGCUGGGAAUGUCCUGCCACUGCAAAGCAGAACCAUUGCAGACUAUGCAGUGGUACCUUUACUGGGGAGCACAGUGCAGAUGACUGUUGGUGAUGUUGUCACAAACACGUGGCUGUUAACAUGUGUGGAACAGCAGCUCCUUUUAGAUCCCCAGUCUAAUCCACUUUUCACACCAGUCCCGGUAAUGGAAGGAGUUACCCCUCUGGAAGAUUGUGUUCUUUCUUUUAGCCAGUUCACUGGUGCGGAGAGAGAUUCUCUGGUUUAUCUGGCAGGACUGCUAGGAGCCAGAGUCCAAGAAUUCUUUGUGCGGAAAGCCAAUGCAAAAAAGGGCAUGUUCGCCAGUACCCACCUUGUGGUGAGAGAAGCGGAUGGUUCCAAAUACGAAGCUGCAAAGAAGUGGAAUUUACCAGCAGUCACUGUAGCUUGGCUUUUGCACUCUGCAAGGACAGGAACGAGAGCAGAUGAAAGCAAGUUCUUGGUUGAAAAUGCAGAGGCUGAAGAUAAGGAGAGUUCCAUUACUCAGCUUAGCAAGACACCAGCAGCUGUUCAGUCUUCUGAUGUAAAACAAUAUAAUUAUCUCCUUGAAGUUGGAAGAAAAAAGCCUGUGACUCCUCUUGAUAUCAGCAGGUUCCAGAGUAAAGCUUUCCAAGCUGCCAUCUCUCGUCACAUGGGGACUACAACCCCUCUUGCCCAAGGGGGAGUGCUACAGAAAGAGCCGUCUUUACAUCUUGAUACACCAUCAAAAUUUCUUUCCAAAGACAAGUUGUUCAAGCCUUCUUUUGAUGUAAAGGAUGCUCUGGCAGCUUUGGAAAGUCCAGUAGGUCCUGAUCAAAAACCCAGGAAGCUGAGCACCCCCCUCUCUGAAGUCAUCAGCAGGAACUUGAAGUCAGCUCUGGCAAACAGCACGAGGCAUGCAGCAGCUCUGACUGCCAGCCCACAUCUGACUGCUGCACAGCCAGAAGAGGAAGAAGAGCCCAAACCUCUAGCAGAUGUUGUUAUUUAUGUUAGUAAAAGACUUGCUAAGAAGCAAAGUGAACUGAAUGCAGUAGCAGCUUCUUUGGGGGCAGACUACAGAUGGUGUUUUGAUGAAUCAGUAACACACUUCAUCUACAAGGGAGGACAAAAUGACAGUAAUAAGGAGUACAAAUCAGUUAAAGAACGGGGUAUACAUAUUGUUUCAGAGCACUGGCUUUUGGAGUGUGCCCAAGAAUGCAAACGGCUUCCUGAAUCUCUCUUUCCUCACACAUACAAUCCCAAAAUGAGCUUAGACAUCAGUGCAGUGCAAGAUGACAGACUCUCUUCCUCCAGUAAACUUCCAUCAACUGGGAAACCAUCAGAGGAAACUGAGAUUGUUCCAAUGGAUGAAGAUGAUGUGGAAGGUGAUGCAACGACUGACAAAAUAAAGGAAAUGGACACUGCAAGAGAAGAACAAAUUGGAGCAAGUGAAUCCAAAGGAGUUUUAACCCAAGCAUUAGAAAUGAGGGAGAACUUCCAAAGGCAGCUGCAGGAGAUCAUGUCUGCCACAUCACUAGUGAGACCACCAGGGCAAAGAGGAUCCCUUUCAAGGAACAGUAUUGAUGGUUCUCCAGCCACUCCUGAUAGCGCACGGUCUGCGCGGAAUGGCCGCAGUAGGGUCUUGGAAGCUCUCAGGCAGUCCCGCCAGGCUGUUGCAGAUAUAAACACGGAGCCAUCACAGAGUGAGCAGAUCAUCUGGGACGAUCCUACUGCCAGGGAGGAGAGGGCAAGACUUGUCAGCAACUUUCAGUGGCCUAAUAGUCCUUCCCAGUACACUGAGCAAGGUCAAAGUAACGCCAAUAAGAACAUGAAUGAAGCUGUCUUCAAAGGAUCUUUAGCUGAUGCAGAGAUUGCUGCUAUAGCUCUUCCUGAGGCUGUAGAUGGAAAUGUGAUUGAAGGUCUAAAGAAUCCUGUAUGUGGAGAUCCUAAAACACCAAUUAAAGAUCACUCAAUCCCCAUGCCGCAGGCCCCCAGCAUUGCUCUCCCACUGGCUAACCGUCCUGUUGCACCUCAGCCCAAAGAAAAGGCUGUUACAGAAGAAAAGGCUGAUGAAGAACCAGGAAAAGUCCGUAAAUUUCAGCUGUCUUCUUUUAAUCCUGAAGAAAGAUUUGAUUACUGCCAUCUGAUUGAGGAAUUAGGUGGAGUAUUGCUUGAGAAACAGUGCUUUGAUCCAAGUUGCACACACACUGUUGUGGGACAUCCUCUUCGAAAUGAAAAGUUCUUGGCUUCGAUGGCAGCUGGGAAGUGGGUGCUUCAUCGUUCCUACCUCGAGGCAUGUAGAGAAGCUGGCUGCUUUGUUCAGGAAGAAGAUUAUGAGUGGGGAAGUGAUUCCAUACUUAAUGUUUUGCCUGCGGUUAGUAUAAACCAGAAGAAACUAGCACUUGCUGCCAUAAGGUGGAGGAAAAAAAUCCAUAAAAUGAGACAAGAAACUGGUAUUGUUGAGGGGGCUUUCAGUGGCUGGAAAGUGAUCUUGAAUGUUGAUCAAACCAAGGAAGCAGGAUUCAGGCGCCUUCUUCAGUCAGGAGGAGCAAAAGUGUUCUCUGGUCAUUCUGAGUCUCUCUUCAAAGAAACAACUCACCUCUUCGCUGACUUCAGUAAGCUGAAGCCAGGGGACUUCAGGGUCAACAUAGCAGAGGCAGCAGCCCAAGGAGUGAACUGCUUGAAACCAGAAUACAUCGCUGACUACCUCAUCCAGGAUCCACCUCCCCCAAUGGAGUCUUACUGCCUGGCAGAAGCUGUAUCUUCCCUUCAGAACAACACAGACCUUGGAACUGGGCUGUCUCAGAAAAGAAAAGCAGUGGGAGAGACAAGCCGAGUCAAGCGAUCCAAAGUCCACUGAGCAACUCGUGUGCUUUCCAGCUGUACAUUUUUAAAUGCAUAUUUAUAUUUUUUCAUUCUUACCACCAAAAUUAAAAGCUGCUGAGUUUUCCUUCUCACUUGUCCUUAGAGUAUAAUAAUUUUAUAGUAACACUCAUAGGAAAGAUUGCUUUGGUUAUCAGGAGCAUCUAAAUAUACGGCAAGAACGCAUCCAAAAAACAGUGCUUCCGAAAUGUCCCAGCUGUCCCACGAAUGGUUUCCUUUAGGGACACCAUUGUAUAAUAAUGGGUAAGAAACACUUUGUGAGGUGCUUGUAAUGUCUUCUGUGCGUGUGUUGUGGGGAAAAUACCAGUUGAUAAGAGUUCUGUUCAGGAAUUCUGUUAAGCUCCACAUGAAUUUUGCCUUUUGUUAUUUUCUAUUAGAGGGGAAGGGGGAACUGAACAAAAAGAACUGCCUUGUAAAUUGUUGUACUAACAGAGUGUAUAAAUGACUUCUGUAAAGCAGGGGCACUGCUGAGGUGCUGCAAUUCUGGGUGCUGAUGUGUCUGUUCAGCAAACACAGAACCAACUCUUUAACAUGAAAGGUGAAUUCUGCCUGACCACGCUCCCAGUUAGGGUC